AUGUCCUUCAACCCCACCAUGAUACCACCUGUGAACGGCUCUGCAAAUGGGACAGCGAGCGAGGGCGGGAAGCCCCCCACCAUCCCCACCAUCAUGUUCAUUUUUGGUGUCGUGGGCAACCUCAUAGCCAUCGUGGUGCUCUGCAAGUCCCACAAGGAGCAGAAGGAGACCACUUUCUACAUGCUGGUCUGCGGGCUGGCAGUCACCGACCUGCUGGGGACCUGCCUGGUGAGUCCAGUCACUAUCGCCACUUACCUGCAGAAUCACUGGCCGGGAGGACCAGCACUGUGUGAGUACAGCUCCUUCAUCCUCCUCUUCUUCGGGCUCUCUGGCCUCAGCAUUAUCUGUGCCAUGUCUAUAGAGAGGUAUCUGGCCAUCAACCAUGCCUAUUUCUACAACCACUACGUAGAUAAGAAGCUGGCAGGUCUCACGCUCUUCGCCAUCUACACUUCCAACGUGCUGUUCUGCGCCCUCCCCAGCAUGGGGCUCAGCAAAUCUACCUUGCAGUACCCCGAUACUUGGUGUUUCAUAGACUGGCGAGCCAAGGAGGCCACUCACGCAGCGUACUCCUACAUGUACACCGGCUUCAGCUCCUUCCUGAUCAUGGUCACCGUGAUCUGCAACAUCCUGGUGUGCAUGGCCCUCAUCCGCAUGCACCGCCAGUUCAUGCGGCGCACGUCCUUGGGCACGGACACCACCUCCAGCCGUUUAUCUGACUUUUGCAGACGCCGGAGCUUCCAUCGCAUGGCUGGAACGGAGAUCCAGAUGUUUAUUCUGCUCAUUGCCACUUCCCUGGUGGUGCUCAUCUGCUCCAUUCCUCUGGUGGUGACAGUUUUUAAUAACAAAAUACUCCAGCCUGCAGUUGAAGUUGUCAGUGUUUUAGUGAUUUAUUCAGAAAAUCAGCACAUCUUUAUGACAAGUGCUGUAAUGAAAUCAUGA